AACAACGAGAAGGGGCUCUUCCGCAGAGGACAGGCGUAUUUCGGGCAAAAGGACUACGACUUGGCCCGCAAUGACUUCAACGCCGUUCUCCAAUUGGAUCCCAACAACAAAGCGGCCAAAAAUCAAUUGGUUUUGUCGUUGAAUGCAAUUAAAGCCCAAUUGGAGAAAGAGAAGACCACUUAUCGUAAUAUGUUUGAGAGGUUCGCCAAACAGGACCUCAAAAAAGAGUCAAAGACGAAGGAAAGCAACGGAUCCGUUGAGAGCAAGAAAAAUGCCAAAAACGAAAUUGACGACAGUCUCAGUGAAGUGGACAUCAUUAGCACCGAUGCGUCCAAUUAGUCACCAAUUGAUUAGUAUUUGUGUCUAUUUUAUACUUUUUUAACGAUAAUUUAUUCCCGAAUUUAUAUAAAUUUUUUGUUAAUUUUAAAUUUGUUUCUGUUUUACUACAAAAUUAAAUUUUGUAUUCAAAACCAGUAAAUACUUUCCAAAAUGCAGUGU